AUGGAAUGCACGCUUGCAGCAGAACUCUGCAAUGACGUCAUUCCGUUGCAAAGACGUGCGUCACGUGCACCCCAUGCCCCGGAUGUGUUUCUGAGCUCUGUGUACUGCAGAGAAGGAGGAGGAGAUGCCUCUACCCGUGCAGGUCUUUAACUUUCAGGGGGCUGCGGAGCCCAUGCAGAUAGACGCAGACCCUCAGGAAGACCAGCAGAAUGCCCCCGAUGUCAACUACCUGGUGGAGAACCCCACGCUGGAUCUGGAGCAGUACGCGUCCAGCUACAGCGGUCUGAUGAGAAUGGAGCGGCUGCAGUUUAUCGCAGACCACUGUCCCCCGCUCAGAGUAGAGGCCCUCAAGAUGGCGCUGUCCUUCGUCCAAAGAACCUUCAACGUCGACGUCUACGAAGAGAUCCACCGCAAACUCACCGAAGCCACCAGGGAAGUCCAGGGGGUGCCGGACGCCGUCCCUGAGGGUGGGGCGGAGCCCCCCGCCCUGGACACAGCGUGGGCGGAGUCCACCCGAAAAAAAGCCCUGCUGAAGCUGGAGAAACUGGACACUGACCUGAAGAACUACAAGGGCAACUCCAUAAAAGAGAGUAUCAGGCGGGGCCACGAUGACCUAGGAGACCAUUAUCUAGACUGUGGUGACCUCAGCAACGCCCUCAAGUGUUAUUCCCGAGCCCGAGACUACUGCACCAGCGCCAAGCAUGUCAUCAACAUGUGUCUUAAUGUAAUCAAGGUUAGCGUUUACCUCCAGAACUGGUCGCACGUACUGAGCUACGUCAGCAAGGCAGAGUCCACUCCAGAGAUCGCAGAGCAAAGAGGGGAACGAGACAGUCAAAACCAAGCAGUCCUCACCAAACUAAAAUGUGCUGCAGGUCUGGCAGAACUCGCCUCUCGAAAGUACAAACAGGCCGCAAAGUGCUUCCUGCUCGCCUCCUUCGACCACUGCGACUUCCCUGAGCUUCUCUCCCCGAGCAACGUGGCGGUGUACGGGGGGAUGUGCGCGCUCGCCACCUUCGACAGACAGGAGCUGCAGCGAAACGUCAUUUCCAGCAGUUCCUUUAAGUUAUUUUUGGAGCUGGAGCCUCAGGUGCGGGACAUUAUCUUCAAGUUUUACGAGUCUAAAUAUGCGUCCUGUCUGAAGAUGCUGGAUGACAUGAAGGAUAACCUCCUCCUCGACAUGUACCUGGCACCUCACGUCCGAACACUGUACACGCAAAUCAGGAACAGAGCCCUAAUUCAGUACUUCAGCCCGUACGUAUCGGCCGACAUGAACAAGAUGGCGGCGGCGUUCAACACCACGGUGGCGGCGCUGGAGGACGAGCUGACGCAGCUGAUCCUGGAGGGGCUGAUCAAUGCACGGAUCGACUCCCACAGCAAGUCCCCACCGAGAGAAGGCAGCCAGGGGGAGCUCACUCCCGCCAACAGCCAAACACGAAUGAGCACCAACAUGUGAGCGCCCACCGCCCCCCACCCACACGCACAUUCACCCCCCCCCUCCCCCAGCGGAGAGCGGAAGGCAAGCCUGUCUGGGGCUGUCAGAACUCGCUCGGACCCCCCCCCCCCCCCGACCUCCGACCCCGCUCCCAACCAACCAUCCAGCCUCCCCCCAUGAACAGAUCAAAUUACCAACAUAAAGACUGUAUUUAAGAGGGAAGAUGCCUGUUCUGUGUGUCAAGGACAAAGGAAAGCCUCUCAAAUAUUUCUGAAAUGGAAAAAGAAAGUUUAAAAAAAAGAAAAUGCAAUACAGCACUUGAGCUGUCCGUGCCCGAGCGGCUGGGGAAGAGGACGCGCUGUCUCUGCGUCUCCUGGAGGAAAACAGCGAACGAACGGCCCCACGAGGAAAGGUCUCAGAACUCACCUCAACAGGACACUUUGUUUUUCGUUUUUUUUUUUGGUUUUAAAAUAAACACACGCGUAAAAAGUUAUGGAAUCGACAGGAUUUUUUAUUUUCUGCUCCAUCUCAAGGUUGCGCUUUCAGCGGAAAGCCUGCGGAGUUCUCUCGUCCCCGUGUCCCAGCUGUUUGUAUAAGGGCAUAUUUAACGAAGCCUUCCAAAUAAAACGUCUGUCUCUUAGG